AUGUGCUCUACUGAGAAGAAACCACUUUUCCGGGAUCUUACUGCUGAAGACCCUGAGCCCGAGGUGACUGAAAUAGAGUCACUAUGCGUUAAUUGCCUGGGAAAUGGAAUGACAAGACUGCUACUUACUCGCAUUCCACAUUACAAGAAUGUAGUUUUAAUGUCCUUCUCCUGCGAACAAUGUGGUUAUCAAAACAAUGAAAUUCAGCCAGGUGGAGCUAUUGCUGAAUUUGGUAUUAGAUGGAAACUGCGAGUGGAAGAACCAUCUGAUCUUAAUCGCCAAGUGGUGAAGAGUGACUACACAAGAGUAUAUAUUCCAGAGUUGGAGUUUGAGAUACCAGCUAACAGUCAAAAAGGAGAAGUAACAACAGUAGAAGGCUUAAUAGCUAGAGCAAUCGCUGGUCUUACCCAAGAUCAAGAAAUCAGGAGGGCAGAGCAUCCAGAUGCCGCUGAACAGAUUGAUGGAUUUGUAGCUAAGCUGCAGGCACUUAAAGUGCUGGAGACACCAUGGACCUUGGAACUAGAGGAUACAAGUGGUAAUACCUUUGUUGAAAACCCUGAUGCGCCAAAAAAAGAUCCCCGCUGUGAUUCAACAGAGUUUAAACGUACCACAGAGCAGGAUCACAAACUUGGAAUAUUCACCAGGCAGGAGGUAAACAAUGGAACCCAAGAGCCCAUUCCCGGUUCAAUAACUCCAGCUGAUCCAUCCCAGGGUUGCUACGAAAGACUUGCAGCUGAUGAAGUACUCCAGUUCUCAACCAAUUGUCCUGAUUGUAACGCCCCAGCUGAUACCAAUAUGAAGAUUACCAAAAUACCACAUUUUAAGGAAGUCGUGAUCAUGGCGACUGUCUGUGACUCCUGCGGACACCGUACAAAUGAGGUGAAAUCUGGAGGUGGUAUAGAAGAGAAGGGUGUGAGAUUCGAAGUGCGUAUAGCCGGCAAAGAAGACUUUUCCAGAGAUAUUUUAAAGUCUGAAACAUGCAGCAUGAGCAUACCAGAGCUAGAAGUAGAAGUGGGGGGCAGAGCACUAGGGGGCAGGUUCACCACAGCAGAAGGCGUAAUUCGAGGGUGUAUUGAACAAUUGGCCGAUGCACCUUCAUUGCAUGGAGAUGCGCCAGUACCUUCUAAGGGCAAUUUACAAAAGUUCUUAGAAAAACUAGAAGAGGUAUUAGAGGGUAAACGUCAAAUUACUUUGAUCCUCGACGAUCCGGCUGGUAACUCUUAUGUUCAGAACCUAAGCGAUGACCUAACUGUAUAUGAUGAUGGUGUAAAGGUCACACACUACGAACGAUCAUUUGACCAAAAUGAAGAGCUCGGUCUCAACGAUAUGAAGACUGAAGGUUACGAACAAGACGCGUAG